ACCAUGACGAGGCCUCAGAGGGAGAGCCCCGAGGCGUAAGAGAGAGUCGAAGAGGAGACUCGCGCGCCGCCGCCUCUCAGAGCACGCCCACACUCCUCGAGGACGCCCAUCCGGUCUCGGAAGCGGCCGCCCGCGCGAUCUGCCUCCCCCCUCCCCCACCCCCUGUCGCAGAGGUGAUGGGCGCGGCACGAGGGCCAUGUGAGGGCAUCUAAGCGGCAUCAUGGCAUGCCCGUUCAGCGGCGCCCGCGUGCCCCCCGUGGGCGUAGAUGACGGCGGCGGUGGCGGGGGCGGCCGCGCCGGGGCCGCCAUGGGGCGCGGCGGCUGGGAGCGCGGGACGUCGGUGGAGAGCAGCGGCGGCGGCGGCAGCCCCGUCAGGAGCCUGGGGUCCGUGCAGGAGCGCGUGAGCUCCUACACGCGCAUGACCCGCUCGCCGUCCGCCCCCGCUGCCGUCACGCGCAAGACGUCGGCGACGGCAGGCGGCGGCGGGGGGGCGAGGUCGCGCCCGCGGGAGACCGAGGACGACGAGCGGCCCCUCCUCACCCUCUCGCGGGACCCCCCCGACCCCCAAGCCCCCCUCAGCCUCCAGCACCUGACGGAGGCCGUGUGGUGCUUCAUCACCAUCCCGGCUGAUCACCUUUUACUUGCCUUGGACACCCUACUGAGGGCAGGCGACAGCGAGUGGAAAGCUCUCAGGAGGAAGCUCGCUAUCGUGGCCGAGAGCGUGCGUGAGUGGGACGACUGGCACCUCGACGACCUACUCUCAACACUCAUCAAACAAUUGGAGGUGUCUCCCGACGAGUUCAUGACGCGGCUGGGGCGCGAGUACGUGAAGGAGUGCCGCCGUCAGUACGGCAAGGCGCUGCAGAGCCUCGGCUACAACCUGGAGGGCUUCCUCACCAACCUGACGGGGCUGUGCGACAUGCUCAAGACCAACUCGUCCCUGAAGACCAAGAACGACGUCCCCAGCCUCAUCUGCAACGACGUGGACGGCUGCGUGGUGCUCCACUUCUUCACGAAUCGCGAGCCCAUCCGGUGCUUCGUGGGCGGCGUGAUCGAGGGUGUGAGCUCGCAGAUCUUCUCGCGACGAGUGCGAGUGGCGUGCGAGAAGUGUGACACGCCCAACGAGGACGUGGAGGAGGACGAGGGCGUGGUGGACGUCGAGGAGAGGAUCAUUGGGGAUGACGACGGCGGAGGAACAGACGUCGCCGACGAGAGGAACAAGGCGCAAGAAGAAGAAGAAGACGGAGGAAGCGGAGGAGAUGGAGAAGGAGAAGGAGGAAGAAAGAAGGGAGAGAAGAAUCACAGAACCAAAGGACACCAUCCUCGACGCACGGGAGCAGCGACAGCGUCCGUGAACGGGAGGCAGAACGGCCACCGAACAGAGAUCUACGAGUCCGCAAGUGCCAAGGAUUCCAAGAUCGGAGUCAGCAGCUUCUGCAAGGCAUUUCCGUGGCACUUCGUCUGCAACAAGGCCAUGAGGAUCACGCAGAUGGGGACCGGCUUAUUGCAGGUCUUUGGUUCCCAGCCCUUGCGCCAAAAUGAGGAGGUCUCGACGUGCUUCUCGCUGACCUCGCCUGAGGGCACGAGCUUGACCUACGAGCAGGUCAUCGGCAGGAUCAACACUCCGUUCGUUCUCGCCUUCCGGUACCAGCAGUCGUCGAGGCUCAAGGUCAAGAACAUGGGCCUCAAGGGGCAAAUGGUGGUGUGCCCCGAGAGCGACUCCCUCCUCUUCGUGGGCUCGCCCCUGCUCGACGGCCUUCGUGCCCUCACCUCUCACGGCCUCUACCUCUCCGACAUCCCCAUCCACGACGCCACCAGGGACGUCAUUCUCGUCGGCGAGCAGUCCAGGGCCCAGGACGGCCUCAAGAGAAGGAUGGUUCAGCUGAAGGACUCUAUCGAGGAAACCAAUAACCAAGUGGACAAGGAACGAGAGAAGAACGUGUCUCUUCUCCAUCUUAUCUUUCCACCUGAUAUCGCGAAGAGAUUGUGGAUCGGGGAAACGAUCCAGGCCCAGAAGCACGACGAGGUGACCAUGUUGUUCAGCGACAUCGUGGGCUUCACCUCCAUCUGUUCCACGGCAACGCCCCUCAUGGUGAUUAACAUGCUGCAGAGCCUCUACACGCAGUUCGACGCCUUCUGCGGACAGCUCGAUGUGUAUAAGGUAGAAACAAUCGGCGAUGCAUAUUGCGUAGCUGGCAACCUCCACCGGCGUAGUUCGUGGCACGCUCACCAGGUGGCUUGGAUGGCGCUCAAAAUGAUGUCCUCGUGCACGUCUCACACGACCCACGACGGUCGUCGAAUACAGAUGCGAAUAGGCCUCCACACGGGCCCUGUUCUCGCGGGCGUGGUUGGAACAGCGAUGCCCCGGUACUGCAUGUUCGGCUCCAACGUGACUCUCGCCAACCAGUUCGAGUCGGGUUCCGAGGCUCAGAAGGUUAAUAUUAGUCCGACUACGCACAGGCUCCUCGUCGAGACCCCGGGGUGGCAGUUCACUCCCCGCCAGCGCGAAGACCUUCCCAAGACGUUUCCAAAGGAGCUGCCUGGAAUCCCGUACUUCCUGGACACGUAUUACCACUCGUCGGUGGGUAAGGAGAGUUCACUGACCGAGCACAUUGACUCCGCUUUGGACGAGCUGGGACUCAAGGAAUACUGAAGAAGGAGCGAAGGAAGAGAAAGAAGAGGAGGGCGAGAAGAGAAUAAAAGAGAAGGAGGGAAAGAGAUAGAAGAAUAGGUUGAUAGUAAGAAGGAAGGGAGAUGUGAGAAACUGAGAGUAAAUCAAAGAAGUAAAAGACUAUAGGAGAGAAUUAUUCUAGUCACUAGGUUUGAAUAAGUUUGAGUGCUGUGUUGAAAUUUAUACAUAGAAAAUGAGAUAGAGGAGAAGGACAGGAGUAACUAAAGAAUUUGAAAGCACGAAAGCCAUAACGCUGAAGAGAGAUAAGAUCAGUGGUUAAGAGUUUGUUAAAAAGAGAACAAAAAUUGUGCUAAUCCUAUGGAAAUCCAAGUAGAAUUAUUAAUCAAAUCAAAAUGAGGUGAUACUGCGAAGGAAAACGCAACAAGAAAAUAAGAAAAUGCAAAUCAAACACAUGAAACGAGAGAGAGAAAAGGACAAAUAGAGAGAAAGAAACAGAGAGAUAGUCAUUUAUUUAUCAAAUUGAUUGUUUAUUUGUUUGUUUAGCUUUUGACGUGUGUAGAAUCGCGUG